AUGCCGCUCAUGUUCGCUUCGCCCGCCGCUAUCUGGUCGAGUCAAGCAGGCGAUUUCUGCACGAUCCGCCGAUCACCUCCGAGCGCUCCGCCGCCGCUCCUCCAUCCGCCGUGUCUCCUCCUCGUAAAGCUCUCGGCUGAACUGCGCAAUGUCAUCUAUACGCUUGCAUUCUCCAGCAACAACAACCCAGCCAAGACUGUAGACGUCCAGACCACGAACAACGCCCCCAACAAAGAAUUGCUUUGCUGCAACCGCCAGAUCUACAACGAGGCCAAAGGAAUCUUCAAAGACGCACACACCCAAUUCUGGCGCAAUACGAAGUUCCAUCUCAAUUGCAAUGUGCAAAGCUUCCCCGACCUCCAGCACAUCCCCGACCGAGACUUCAACCGUAUCACAAAGCUCUUGAUCAAAAGAAUCCGCUUCACAGAACCUCGCAAAGUGCUCCAAGAAAACGGAGGGCUCGAGUCGUAUUGGGGGUACGGAGCCGGUGAUCUAGAUCUGAUCCCUGGCGGCGGUUGGGGUGUCAUGGCGCGCGGUCGGCGCUCGAUCAUCUUGGUCUACAGGAACGAGAAAGGAAGAUUGGAGAUGAGCCACAUCAAGGCUGAUGGCACGGUUCCGGGAUACACGAACGCAGGGUUUGCCGAAGAAUGGAGGAGGCGAUUGGUAGACAAGUGUCAUCAUGUCUCCUUGAAGGAUCAGCUCAAGUUCCUUUGGUGGGAGCUUUGA